CUGCAAUGAAACUAAAAAUCUUUUAUCAUUUUUAAUUACCAUAAAUAAUUUUAUAAUUAUGGUACCUGUACAUGAAAGUCCUAUAGUAUUAAAGCAGCUGGUAUUAUUAUGUUAGUGAGACCAAAGUAACAAUUUUACAAGACAAAUCAGUGCAGUGCAUUAUUGACAAAUAGUCGUCACUUGCCCACCGUCAAUAGUAUGCAGAGCUGGUUCUUUGCCCAAGACCGGAAAAAACCGAAAACUAGAAUUCCUCCGAAAUCGUCGGCCAAGCCACCACCGUCACCACCGAAAAUGUAUACCGAAGAGUGGAAAUUUAGUGUAUCCGUUCCAUAUGCUAAUGUUAGCGCUCGAGAUACCGUAGUUAUUACGGGGAAUAUACCUCAGCUCGGUGAAUGGGAUUAUUUGAACGCAGUUCCACUUGAAAAGGAGCCAGGUAGAGAUGUGUGGUCUAACAGUAUAACAAUUCCAAACACAUGCGAGAUUUACUAUCGCUAUGCCGUGUGUACCUUCGAUGAUCAUAACAAAGAAGCAGUCAUUGUGCGAUCCUGGGAGACCAAUGUUCGUCCUAGAGUAAUCAAGGAAAACAUGCGUGAGCCAUCACUAGAUGUCUAUGGGCACUAUGAUGGCAAGUCCAGGAUCUGUAGGGGAUGGCUCACAUGUCAAACAUUACUGCAAUUUAAAUUUGUCAAAAAUCCAUUAAAGCUUAAGACUCGUUUAGCUGGAAGACUCAUGAAUAUAAAAGUGACUCCAGUCAAUUUGAGUUUUGGAAAUGAAGGUCAGAUUGAAGAUUCACUAAGCACUGAUACUGCUGAGGUCCCCACCGGAGUUUCUGUAGAGGUGGCCACAUUGGAUAAUGAUGCUUCCCUUUGUCAGCUGCACCCACAAGAACAGUUUGGAAAGGAGUACAGACCUAAUGAUAUUCUUAUUGUUAAUAUAAUGGCCCAGAAGCUGGACAGUGUGGCUUAUCUAGUAGAUUUCUAUUGCUAUAGUACAAGAGCUUCCACUCAGGAACCGCCAUGUCAUGUUGGUUACACAUACAUACUGCCCAACAUGUUCAAACAGUCGGAGGGAAUUUUAGAAUUGCCAGUCACAUGCAGCAUCAAGCAUAGACCUCUUGGGACAGUGAACAUUCAGUAUUUGACUAUAAAUCCCAUGUCUGAAACUAAGCUUAACUCUUUUGAGGUUUCAUAUGCGAAGCAUUGGAAUCCUGCAUGGACCGGGUUGGAGGUAGGGCAUCGGGGGCUGGGAGCUAGCUUCAAAAAGAAAGAAGGAAAUUCUAUUCGUGAAAAUACCAUAGCUUCUCUUAGACAGGCAGCUGCAAGUGGUGCAGACAUGCUUGAGUUUGAUGUUCAGCUAAGUAAAGAUAUGAUACCAGUUAUAUAUCAUGAUUUUUAUGUAUGUAUUUCUAUGAAAAGAAAGAAGGAAGUUGACUUUACAGAAAUGCUAGAAUUGCCUGUGAAGGACUUGACUUUGGAACAGCUUCAGAAACUAAAGGUAUACCACUUAGUUGAGGGACGAAGCCAUGAAGCCCUGUUUUUUGAUGAAGAUUUAGAAGAACACCAGCCAUUUCCAACAUUGGAAUUGGCUUUAAACACUAUAGAUAGCCAUGUUGGAUUCAAUGUUGAGCUUAAAUGGACCAUGGAGUUGGAGGAUGGUACAUUUGAGCUUAAUAACCCAUUUGAUAUGAACAUUUAUGUUGAUAAGGUACUGGAGAUUGUUUUGAAGCAUGCAGGAUCGAGAAACAUCGUGUUUUCCUGUUUCAAUCCUGAUAUCUGCACAAUGGUCAGAAACAAGCAAAACAAAUAUCCUGUCAUGUUUUUAACGAUUGGUGUGACAAGUAGAUACAAGCCAUACCGAGACCCCAGGUGCCUAUCAAUUCCGGCUGCAGUACAAAAUGCCAUCAGUUCAGACAUUUUGGGCAUAGUUGUGCACACGGAAGACCUGCUCAGAGAUCCUACCCAGGUCAAGUUGGCGACGGACGCCGGAUUGGUGAUAUUCUGUUGGGGCGACGACAAUAACGACAAAACCACCAUCAAGAAACUUAAAGAUCUCGGUCUUCACGCCGUCAUAUACGACAAACUUGACCAGUAUAUCACUAAAGACGUUAAGGAGAGCAUAUUCCUGAUGGAAGCGCGCGAAUCCCAGCGCGACGUGAUUCGCCUGGCCGCGCUCUCGCCGCCCGCGCCCUUGUCCUUGCCCGCGAGCAGCGCCUCGCUGGAAGUCGCGCGCGACGCCGACGCCGACGCCGCGCGGCCCUACCUCGACCUGGCCGCUCGCUUCGCCGCAGCGCCCUCCACCGUCACCUCCCUAGAGUCCCUCGCCUCCACCGACGACGAGGAUAGAAACUUGAAGAGAAACAGGGACAUUAUAGCUUGCAUUGACAAGGAAUCCCAAGUAAAGGAGCAGCGCCACAAUUUCCAAGGCCUGUUUCCGGCCGGCGACAACAAGUCCGCUAGUAUCAAAAAGUCGCGUAAGAGUGACGCUGAAUGAAUUUAUCUAGCUAGAGCUUGCAGCAAAGUACGCUUUUGAUUUUAUUUUUGCUCAAUUUAUAGUUAGGGUUUUUCAUUUAAGGGCAGUAACGGAUCGUUUUGUAUAGAUUUUAAUACAAAAUGUCCCGAUUUAAUUGCUCUUAAGUUAGUUUUAUUACAUCUGUACAGGUAUUAAUUUUAAAUUGUUUCCAGUAACGUAACACAUUUUAUAUUUUAUUUCAUACAUCGUAAUUAGAUUGCAUUGAUUUCUGGGUAUUAAAUGUUAUCAUUUGAACCACGUUAAGUCAGCUAUUCAUCUGAAACACAUCUAUACAACUGCCUGCAAUAUUCGAUAUCAUAGCAUAGGCACAUUAUAGUUACCACUUUCUUAACCCUUAAAUGCAUAUUGUUGCCAAAUGUAUACAAAGCAUUGAACAGCUCACAGAUUCAACAGAAUCAAUAAAAAUUGAAUUGAUACAAAGAUUCUACGGUUAAAUAAAUAAAAAAUCAUGCAUUUAAGGGUUAAUUUUAACCCAUUAACGACAUUCCCAAAAUAUAGCACCAGUCAGCAACUCUUGUGAUGUCUUUUACAUAAUUAGCCCUAAAAGUUGUUAAAUUUUUGGCAUCAGUGUCAGCUAAACCUAAACCUCAGUCAAUAAAUGAAACUUUUAUAACAGCAACUUGCCUUCAAUCCUACAAACCUCUCUACUUUCUGUAUAAGCUAUGCAUAUUAUUAGCAUUUUAAAUAGGUAAUAUAAAAACUUAAAAAUUAAUAAAUUAAAGAGUAGGUAAGAACAAUAGGAGAAAACGGACAAGGAGAGCCGACCCCAGAUGAUGGGAAAUGGCGCAGGCAGAUGAUGUAAGAACAAUAAUAAAGAAAAUGAACAAGUUAUGGUCAGGAAACCGUCGUAGAUUUUUUUAAUACAUUAAUGACUAGUUUUUUGUAGGAAUGUAUUAUGUAUACCUACACUUGCAAGGCACACAUGUCGCAUUUUUGAAGGCGAUUAUCUUCAAGUUAAUCUGCCCAAAGUUCCUAUCUAAUUAAUUAUCAAAAAUCAUCUUUAUAAUUUGCCUAAUAAAGCUUCUCUUAUACUAUAUAUGUGACGUUUUCAACUAAAAGGUACCACAUUGUCCCUUGUCGAUAAGGUUGAUACCAAAUUGAAGCUUUAUGGAAAUAGCGUCUUAUUGACAAUCGACAAUAAGUACCCCUUUGGUUGAAAAUGGCACAUAUUUCGUUUCGAACAAGUAGCAGACAGCUAACCUGAGAUCGUUAGUUCAUCUACUAGACGUGACAUGACAUCUCAGUUCUAGAUCCUGUAUAAGCCAUACAAGCAAAAGAACCGUGUCUUCGCAGCACUUAGGCCCAUUUAAUAAGAUCUUUAAAUAAACUUAUUAAUGGCUCAACCUAUCAUGUUUAAAUAUAACUUUAAUAACAAAACUACCGUGAGGCACUGACAUAUUAAAUAUAUUAAACCGGGUCACUCACGUUUAUACAGUCGAUGAUUGCUCGAUAUGUUUCAAAACAAUUUUUGUGGAAAGUUUUUAAGUUUUAUUUUCUAUUUUUUUGCUCGCCUGGUUCAAAAGUUAGAGGGACGAUUAUUUCCAAAAGUAUUCCCAGAAGCAAAAAACGUUAUUAGUAGAUAAAACUUAAUGUUAUUUUUAAAUUUAAUACCUAUCGAAUAAUGCCUUUAGGAACAUAAUAUUGAAUUCUCAUAAUUCAUCAUUUUGAGAAUUAAACAUUUCGAGAUUCAACAUUUUGAGAAUCCAACAUUUCGAGAAUCCAACAUUAUGAGAAUUCAACAUUAUGUUCCUAAAGGGAAUAAUGUGCCACACGUUGAUUUUACUCAAAAAGGUCUUAAUAGUUACAUGUAUGGAGUGCCCUCCGUAAAAAAAUAUGUUUUUAUAAAUUUUUACUUCUAAACAGUGUAUAGCGGGUAACAAAAUACACCUACAUUCCAAAUUUUGGUUAAUUAUAUGAAUAGAGUAAAAUGGCUGUGACAUACAACAGACGGACAUGACGAAACUAAAGGGUGUCUCAAAAAGGACGCAAGAUUUGAAAUUGAUGAAAAACAAUUUUUUUUUUCGUUAUAAUAUAUUUGUAUAUAAAAUCUUGAAAUACAUAAAAUAGGGUUAUUUGUGGAAUAAUACGUCAGGCAAAUGUCCUCCUAGGCUUUGCUGGCACAUACGCACUCUUUUGUCAAAAUUUUCAAUGACCAUUUUGCAUAGAUGCGGCUGAAUUUCUCCGAUGCAGCGUCGAAUUUCCUCUUUUAAAGCAUGAGUGGUUGUGGGCUUAUUGGCAUAGACUUUAGACUUUAAAUAACCCCAUAAACACUCCCUAAAUUUUUGCAACCACUGCUCACAGUUGAUGAAGUCGAGUCAAUAUUCCGACCAUAUUUUGCACGGAAUUUUCGAACCGUACCCGCCAAACUUAAUAGUGACGUUUGAAAUAUUGUUCAAUAAUAAAAACGCGUUGAUCUUUCGUAUAACCCGCCAUUUUUACAAACCCUAAACAUUCAGCUGUCAAAUCACUUGUCAGUGUAAUGCAGUUGUUGGUAAAAAAAAAAAACAAUGAUUAUAAUAUAGUUGGUCAAACCAAAUUGUCAGUAAAUAAGAACAAAAAAACUAUACUCAUCCUUUUCUUUAGUCUCUCUGUGUCAAAUAGUUUUUUUAGGGUUGCCAGCACUAAAAUACAAAAAUGGCGGCAAAUUGAAAUCUUGCGUCCUUUUUGGGACAUAGUGGCAGAUCUUAGGUCCACCACCUUGCAUUUUUGAGACAAAGCAAACCGUUUGGAACAGUUGUUUCUGGGGGUGAUCUGAGCUAAUUUAGCCCGGUUGCCACGAGGUCCCCCCCAGCAGGUGGGCAGGGGGGGGGGGGGAAAGUGGCUCCGGCGCGCCUCACUCUAAGCUUUAUAUCUGCAUACAUCUAGCAAAUAUAUCAAGUUUGGUGUCUUUUUCGUAUAAUUCGAGGAUGAAGAAUUCAUUUCUGUGACUAAAUUUUCACUCACCCAUACAAAAAAUACGAGAAAUUUAAAAUUCAAAAAUUUUCUUUACACUUUUUUUUUCCAAAAUCCUCUACUAAAUUAAAACUAUGGCGAUUUGCUCUAGAAAAAAAUACCUGUGAAUAGCCCAGUUAUCCUUCUAUAUAAAAUAGUAAAGUUGUCAAACAUUUUUCUUUUAUAACUCUGUUAAAAAAAUGUUUUAUGUCGCGCGGCGUACCCGCGUUGUAAGAGCGGUAUGCAGCUUUUAGGAUUUUUAAGUAUGUUUAGAUUACUUUAGAUGAUUUCUGAUGAGUUGUUAUUCUUCUGUUCGUAGAUUACAUUAAUAAAUUACUUCUGGACGUGAUAUAUAUACAAAUAUAUAAAUAAAGCCUUGGAAAACUUUACUAUUAACUAGCUUUUGCCGGCGACUUCGUCUGCGUGGAGUUAGUAAUUUGGGUAGCUUAUUUUUUAUCCAAUAUGCUUUUUAUCGAUUUCCCAUACAAACAUCCACCUCCCUUUUCACCCCCUUAAAGGAUAAUUUCUGAUAUAAAAACCACCCCGGGACUCAAACUAUAUCAAAUUUCAACUAAAUCGGUCCAGCGGUUUAAGCCUGAAGAGGUAACAGAUAGACAGACAGACAGACAGACAGACAGACAGACACACUUUCGCAUAUAUAAUACUAGUUCUUGCCCGCGACUUUUAUCCAAUCUCCUUUUUAUUGAUUCCCCAUAUAAACUUCCACCCCCUUUUCACCCCCUUAAGGGGUGAGUUCUGAGAUAAAAACUAUCCUAUGUCCUUUCCCGAGACUCAAACUAUCUCUACACCGAAUUUCAAGUAAAUCGGUUCAGUGGUUUAAGCGUGAAGAGGUAACAGACAGACAGAAAGACACACUUUCGCAUUUAAAAUAUUAGUAUGGAUGUGAUAAAAUUAACAGUUAGAUGUUUGACAAAAAAUGCGGGUUGAAAUAAGAUAUAUAUUGUUCGCAAUUGCCACUACAUGCACAUAAAUAUGUCAGUGCAUUUUAGUUUUUUUUAACGCAGUUGCACCUCCCUGUGCAUUUUGUUUUGCAGCGGCAACGAAUAAGCUCUAAACAAGCAACAGCCGUCGCAGGUAGGCUUGUCCAUAUGGGCUCCCAAUAACCUGUUGCUGAGGGGCUAUAAUAUGUCCCCAAACAUAGCCUCCUUGGUAUACUGCACGGAGAAUAAUGUUUACUUAGCGCAUCUUCCGUUGGAGGCAGAUUCUCUAACUGGAGAUUUCUUCGGCACUCAUUUACACUCGUACUUGUACCUGAUCUGAAAUCAGUAACAAAAUGCAUAGUGUUAAAAUAAGUCUAGGGUUGACACCUCGCGUAAUUCAAAUUUGUUCAGACUUAAUAUUGUAAGACUUACUUGAGUUACUUGUCAUAUAAGACAAUAACAAUUUUUUCCAAUAUUGGCAACGCCUGCUCAAUAUUGCCUUGUUUGCCAAAUUUAAAUCCCUUCGUUACAGCAGGAUAUGAUCUCCAAGCUUGAAAUACGCUUUUUGUCCCCUUUUUCACCUUUCCACACAAAAAAGAAACAGUGUCGCAACCUGAAAAGGCGUGGAAGAAUGGCAAGACUUCUGUCCUUUCUGGUCCUGUAAAAUAAAUUAUACAUCUAUGCGUUACAAAUAAAAUCAUAUAGUUAAAGGAAGUUUGCAGCACGUGACCAGUUGCCCUCGUACAGGAAGCAGACACGCGCAUGAUGGUCCAUUAUGUGGCUGAUGCUGUAGCCACAGGUCACACAAAAAUUAUGCUACGCACAGUGGAUACUGAUGUUGUUGUUCUCGCAGUUGCAUGUAUAUCACAAUUGCCGGAGCUCCAGGAGUUAUGGGUACAUAUUGGCACAGGAAAGAAUGACCAGUUCCUCUCGUGCUAUGCUAUUGCAUCUUCAUUAGGUAACUUUUGUAGUUCCUCCAUUAAUUGUAAAUAAAAUAAAUAUGUCACCGCAGUACGAGACAGGUCAUCUGGGCAAUUGGUCACGUGCUGCAAACUUUCUUUAAAUAUAUGAUUUUAUUUGUAACGCAUAGAUAUAUAAUUUAUUUCACAGGACCAGAAAAUACAGUAGUCUUGGAACUCUUCCACGCCUUUUCAGGUUGCGACACUGUUUCUUUUUUGUGUGGAAAGGUGAAAAAAAGCGUAUUUCAAGACUGGAGGGCAUAUCCUGCUGUAACAGAGGGAUUUAAAUACGACAAACAAGGCAAUACUGAGCAGGCGUUGCCAAAUUUGCCAAUAUUGGAAAAAUUUGUUAUGGUCUUGUAUCACAAGUAAGAGUCUUACAUUUUUAAGUCUGGACAGAUUUGAAUUACGAGGUGUGAAUUUAUUCCUAGACAGUAUUUUAACACUAUGCAUUUUGUUACUGAUUUCAGAUCAGGUACAGUACAAGUACGAGGUACGAGUGUAAAUGAGUGCCGAAGAGUACUUUAUACAAUGAGAAAUCUCCAGUUAGAGCAGGGUUUUUUAAAGUGGGGUCCACGGACCCCUUAGGGGUUCAUAGCAUGUUUAUCAGGGGUCCGCAGUAAGUCAAAUAUCUACUGUAAACAUACUUAUUAGGAAAUGUUGUAAUAAACUUGACGAGACCUAAGUGUAAUGAAACUUGUAAUAAAAGUAAAUUUUAAAAUAUAAAUAAGGGUUUUUAUUAUUUUUCUAAAAUAUAUUUUAACCGGGGUCCGUGGAAUUGUUUAAAUUGUGAAAAUGGUCCGUGACAGCAAAAAGUUUAAGAAACCGUGAGUUAGAGAAUCUGCCUCCAACAGAAGAUGCCCUACGUAAACAUAUUCUCCGUGCAGUUUACCAAGGAGGAGUUUGGGGAGGAGGUUUGGGGACAGAUUAUAUCCUCUCAGCAACAGCUACCAUGCCCUGCUGACUGGGGCUGGUCCAAACAAAAGGGUUAUUGGGAGCCCAUAUGGACAAGCCGACCUGCGGCGGCAGCUACUUGUUUGGAGAUUAUUCGUUGCCGCUGCAAAACAAAUGAGCAAGGAGGUGCAACUGCGUUAAAAAAACUAAAAUGUACGGACCUAUGUGCAUGUAGUGACAAUUGCGAACAAUAGAUAUCUAAUUUUAACCCGCAUCUUUGUCAAACAUCUAACUAUGUUAAUUUUAUCACAUUUAUAAUAACUACUGGCAAAUUUAUAAAAUGUAGGCGCGAAGGGAUAUCGUCCCAUAUAAAAUUUGAAUUUCGCGCCUUUUUCUGCUGACAUGAUUUGCUUGACCAACUAUAUAUCACAUCCAGAAGUAAUUUAUUAAUGUAAUCUACAACCAGAAGAAUAACAACUUAUCAGAAAUCAUCUAAACAUACUUAAAAAUCCUAAAAGCUGCAUACCGCUCUUACAACACGGGUACGCCGGGCGACACAAAACAUUUUUUUAACAGAGUUAUAAAAGAAAAAUGUUUGACAAGUUUACUAUUUUAUAUAGAAGGAUAACUGGGCUAUUCACAGGUAUUUUUUUUUUCUAGAACAAAUCGCCAUAGUUUUAAUUUUGAGGAGGAUUUUCGAAAAAAAAAGUGUAAAGAAAAUUUUUGAAUUUUGAAUUUCUCGUAUUUUUUGUAUGGGUGAGUGAAAAUUUAGUCACAGAAAUGAAUUCUUCAUCCUCGAAUUAUACGAAUAAGACACCAAACUUGAUAUAUUUGCUAGAUGUAUGCAGAUAUAAAGCUUAGAGUUGGGCGCGCCGGAGGCACUUUUCCCCCCCGCCCCUGCCCACCUGCUGGGGGGAACCUCGUGGCAACCGGGCUAAAUCAGCUCAGAUCACCCCCAGGAACACCUGUUCCAAGCGGUUUGCUUUGUCUCAAAAAUGCAAGGUCCCCUUAGAAAACGGGAUCUAAGAUCUCUAGCUAACAUGCUUUAUAAGGGUUCCGUUUUUGCAAUUUCGUUCUACGGAACCCUAAAAAUCGAAAAUCGACAAACUAAGGGGCAAGUUAAGCUAAUGGUUAACAUACAUCAAAUUGUGUAAAAAUAUUUUCCAUAAUGUCAAUAUCCAAGGAGGAAAGUGGGGACUACGUUUGUAUGAAGAAACGGUCGUUCAUUACUUAGCCUCGUAAUUUAAUAUGAAAACUUCGUGGUCUUCGCACUCCUCCCAGACUCUGAUGUCUCAGUGCUGCCACCUAGUGCACGACAUUCAUACAGCUCGAUUUUUUUCGACGCCUUUCUAGUGAUAGACUUAUCGUCUGGCGUUUAUUUAUAAGGAAAAAAUAAAAAAUGUUUUUUAUUUUAUUUUAUUUCGGAAGACAAUGUUCGAAGUUCAAAACAAAACAAAAGCUUUUAGGAAUCAGGGCGUUAGAUGAAGUAAUUAAUGUACUAGCUCUAGCUGACUGGCUCUUAAUUAAUUUUAUCCAUGCUUCGUUUCUAUUUGCCUAUAAACUGUUUAUAUUUAUAAGUAAGUUCUAUAGAACAACAUUGAAAGAAUAUAUCCUAAAUUAGGGUCAGUUGCACCAACCAUACUUUAACCAACUGAUCAACAUCACUCAACCGAGUACUAUUUAUUUAGUCGUAUGGCAUAUUACAAUUCAUGGUCGCUUUACAGAUUUACAAAUUAAUAGUUAGGUUCUUCACCCAAUGGGCUGCGUUGUCGCUUAGCUUAAGUAAGUCCAGAGGAUCUCCUGUGUACUUCCUUUUUGGGCACUCGCGGACUAUGUGGUAAAUGGACUGUACAGGUGCUCCACAGUCGCACUUCGGUGUAUCUCGCCACCCACACUUAAACAUAAAUUCUCCGGAUCGCCCGCUUUCAGUGCGGAGUCUAUUUAGUUGGCACCAUUCCCGUCUCGGGGCCGAAAAACCUUGCGGUUUGUGGGUGGGAUCGUAGCUGGCAUGGGAUGCCCUGGGCAAGUUAGCAAUCCAGUCCUCUCUCCAUUUAUCUUUGAUGUUAAAACUGCUCUCUUUAAGUUCCUGUGCCGUAUUGUAUGGUGGAUGUCGGGAUUUUAAGCGUAGCCUAGGCGGACAGAAAAAUUCCGAGAAGACGGGCAGCUUUGGAUCUGCAGCAAUUUUGUUUGCUUCCUUUAGCAGGGCUUGUUGUCUCCUAAGGUGAGGCGGAGCAAUGUGGCUCAGAGCAGGCAGCCAUUGUGUCGGAGUGGACUAUAUGGUACCAGUUAUGCACCGCAUGGUUUUUCGCAGCUGGACAUCGACUUUCUCUACGUGCGCACUAUUGAGCCAUACGGGUGCGCAAUAUUCGCCAGCAGAGUAAACUAGGCUGAGUCCCGUCGUACGAAGCACGUCAGCGCUGGCUCCCCAAGUAGUUCCAGUCAGGUUGUGUAGAAUAUUAUUACGGGUUCCUAGUUUUUUGCUCAACUUACAGAGGUGGGAGCAAUAUGUAAGAGAGCGGUCUAAGGUUACGCCGAGAUAUUUUGGCUGUGGGUUGUAUACAAGGGUUUUACCGUCAAAGUUUACUGAGGGGGUGUAUGAGGCCAGUCUGUUAUUUAGGUGGAAUGUGGAAAUCUCUGUCUUGCUAGCAUUUGGUACCAAUCGCCACCUUUUAAAGUACAAGUUAAGCUUGCAAAUCUGUGGUGAGUUGCGCUUCCGACGACUUGAAAGUGCUGUGCUGGUAAGUUAAAGCAAUAUCGUCAGCAUAGACAAAUUUUCUGGACGCUGUUUCUGGAAGGUCAUGGGUGUACAGAUUAAACAGCAGUGGUGCCAGAAUGGAUCCUUGUGGUAGGCCGUUGUUUAGUUUUCUGGGACGACUCUGCUUAUCCCCUAGAUGGACGACAAAUUCCCUAUUACGUAGCAUAUUGAUUAUUAGACCGAGUACUAUGAAAAUUCCUAUACAAUAAUAUUAGUGACAGACGGUUUAGUGCAACCGACCCUUAUUCAUUAAACUUUACGGGCCUGAUUUAGUUAAAUUAUCUUUUAUCCCUUUCUUACAAAUACAUAAGUCAAAAUGACAGACAAACGAUUCAUAACUAAUUCAGGCCAGUAACGCGUUUUUGAAUAACGCCAUAAUUGUUUUUUGUCUGUGAUAAGUAGUGGUCGUUUUUACAUAUAGAUAGUAAAAUUCAUAAUUUUUAUUAUAAGAUGUAGGUAUAGCUAAAUUCAAUAUUUUUCUGUAUAAUUUUUAAAUAUAUAUUAAAGUGUAUAUAUUUUAACGUAAA